AUGGCGAUUCGAGUGAAGGUGCUCGGCUGCCGCAGGCUGGUCCUACUGUUCCUUUUUCUGGGGCUGUUGUUGGAAGCCCAGGCUGGGAAGAUCCGCUACUCGGUGUCAGAAGAGACAGACAAAGGUUUUUUUGUGGGCAACAUCGCCAAGGAUCUGGGGCUACAACCCCAGGAGCUGAUGGAGCGCGGAGUCCGAAUCGUCUCCAGAGGUAGGAAGCAGCUCUUCGCUCUGAACCUGCGAAGCGGCAGCUUGGUCACCGCGGGCAGGAUCGACCGGGAAGAGCUCUGCGCUCAGAGCGUGCGGUGUCUGGUGAGUUUUAAUGUCUUAGUAGAGGAUAAAAUGAAGCUUUUCCCUGUUGAAGUGGAAAUAAUUGAUAUUAAUGACAACACUCCUGAAUUCCAGUUAGAAGAAGUGGAAUUUAAAAUGAAUGAGAUAACUGCUCCAGGUACCAGGAUCCCUCUGCCUUCUGGGCAAGACCUUGAUGUGGGUAUGAAUUCGCUCCAGAGCUAUCAGCUCAGCUCCAACCCUCAUUUCUCCCUGGAUGCUCAACAGGGAUCUGAUGGGUCCCAACAGCCAGAGAUGGUGCUGCAGAGUCCCCUAGACAGGGAAGAAGAAGCUGUCCAUCACUUCCUCCUCACUGCUUUUGAUGGGGGCAACCCAGCCCGUUCAGGAACCCUCCGAAUUCGAGUUCAGGUGGUGGAUGCAAAUGACAACCCUCCAGCGUUUACACAAGCAGUGUACCACACGAGUGUACCCGAGAACGUGCCUCUGGGCACUCGGCUGCUCAUGGUAAAAGCCACGGACCCAGAUGAAGGUGCCAAUGGGGAAGUAACAUAUUCAUUUCAUAAUAUAGACCACAAAAUGGCACAGAUAUUUCACUUGGAUUCUUACACGGGAGAAAUAUCAAGUCAAGAACCUCUGGAUUUUGAAGAAUACACAAUUUAUCCAAUGGAAAUUCAAGCUCAGGAUGGUGCAGGCCUCAUGGCCAGAGCUAAGGUGCUGGUCAAAGUACUGGACAUAAAUGAUAAUGCCCCAGAGAUAACCAUCACCUCUGUCACCACUUCAGUCCCAGAAAACUUUCCUCCUGGGGCCAUAAUUGCUCUUAUCAGUGUGCAUGACCAAGACUCCGGAGACAAUGGUCACACUUCAUGUUCCAUUUCUGGAAAUCUACCCUUUAAAUUAGAAAAGUUAGAUGAUAAUUAUUACCGUUUGGUGACAGAAAAAACAAUGGAUAGAGAACUUACCUCCCAGUACAACAUUACAGUAACAGCCACAGAUCAGGGAACUCCAACUCUAUCUACUGAAACACACAUUUCACUGCAAGUGACAGAUAUCAACGACAACCCCCCUGUCUUCCCCCAAGACUUCUACUCCACCUACAUUCUAGAAAACAACCCCAGAGGUGCCUCCAUUUUCUGCGUGACAGCCCAUGAUGCCGACAGUAAUGAGAAUGCACAGGUCACUUAUUCCCUGGUGGAGGACACCAUCCAAGGAGUGCCUCUAUCCUCCUAUAUCUCCAUCAACUCAGACACUGGAGUCCUAUAUGCUUUGCGAUCGUUUGACUAUGAGCAGUUCCAGGACCUGCAUUUGAGAUUGAUGGCUCGUGACAGUGGGAACCCACCACUCAGCAGCAACGUGUCUGUGAGCAUAUUUGUGCUGGACCAGAAUGACAACACACCUGAAAUCCUGUAUCCUGCACUCCCCACGGAUGGUUCCACAGGUGUGGAGCUGGCACCCCGCUCUGCAGAACCAGGCUACCUGGUCACCAAGGUGGUGGCAGUGGACAGAGACUCUGGCCAGAACUCCUGGCUAUCUUACCGCCUGCUCAAGGCCAGCGAGCCGGGACUCUUCGCGGUGGGGCUGCACACGGGCGAGGUGCGCACAGCGCGGGCCCUGCUAGACAGAGACGCGCUCAAGCAGAGCUUGGUGGUGGCAGUCCAGGAUCACGGCCAGCCCCCUCUCUCGGCCACCAUCACGUUCACCGUAGCUGUUGCUGACAGCAUUCCAGAAGUGCUGGCCGACUUGGACAGCAUUGAAACUUCCUCCCACCCGGACAACUCCAGCUUCACGCUGCACUUGGUAGUGGCUGUGGCCGCGGUCUCCUGCGUCUUCCUCGCCUUUGUCAUCGCGUUGCUGGUGCUCAGAUUGCGACGCUGGCACAGACUGCGUGCGCAGACUUCAGCAAGUGUAUUGGCGCGCUUGCCCACCUCUCAGUUUGUGGGUGUGGACGGGGUGCGGGCUUUCCUGCAGACCUAUUCGCACGAGGUCUCGCUCACCGCGGACUCUCGGGGGAGUCACGUGAUCUUCCCGCAGCCCAACUACGCCGACACGCUCAUCAGUCAGGAGAGUGGUGAGAAAAAAGAUUUUUUGUCAGUACCCCAGUCUUUACUUGAAGACAAAAAGGAAACAUUUUCUCAGGUAAAUCUUUUGUAG